CAGCAGCGGCGGCACCGACGGCAGCAAUGGCCGCUUUCCGCAGAGUGGCAGCACUGGCCGGAAAGCUGAACCUGUGGUCGGCGCCAAGAUCCGAACUAGUCGCGGGUCAGACGGCGAGCAGGACUCGGACACGGAGCUGCCUGGCCGUCGGGAUGUGCGCUGCAGCCGGAGGCGUCGCGGCGCUUUACUUCUGCAGCGAUGCGAGGAGCGGCGCUGGCCGGAGGAGGAUGAAGAGACUCCCCAUCACCUUCUCCAUCCCCACCGUCACUGCCAAGGAGAAGGCACAUCCAUAUGACUUUGAUGACGGUGACGUGUACAUGUCUUCCCAUGAGUAUCGUUUCCGUAUGUUCAGCUCCGUGGAGUAUGACGGACAACUGUACAUGACUCCACAGAACUUCAUCGAAUCUGUUACCAUGAGUGAACCAAGAGACAAGAGGCCCUGGAGGUCCCUGACCAAACAGGAGCUAGAGAAGAUCUUGUCAGACACUCCCCCAGUAUGGAGAGGAUCGUCCAAACUGUUCCGCAACCUGAAAGAACGAGGCAUCAUCUCCUACACAGAGUAUCUGUUCCUGCUCUGCAUCCUGACAAAGCCUCAUGCUGGCUUCAAGAUUGCUUUCAAUAUGUUUGAUGCAGACGGCAACCAGAUGGUGGACAAGAGGGAGUUCUUGGUGCUUCAGGAGAUCUUCAGGAAGAAAAAUGAGAAGAGAGGAAGGAAAGGAGAUGCUGAGAAGUCAGCACAGUUGAGUAUGCAGCUGUAUGGAUAUCAGGUUGCCCCCAUGAACAGCGUGCUAAAAAAAGACAGUCAGGAGUGUGUGGCUCGAAGUUACUGGGACGUUUUGAGGCGAGGCGCGAGUCAAGUCCUCUUUUCUGACCUGGCGGAGCGAUCAGAUGAGAACAUAACAAUUGACACCACGUUGCUGGUCCAUUUCUUUGGAAAGAAAGGAAAGGCAGAGCUUACCUUUGAUGACUUUUACAGAUUUAUGGAUAACAUCCAGACAGAGGUAUUGGAAAUAGAGUUUCUGACCUACUCAAAAGGGAUGACCACCAUCAGUGAGGAAGACUUUGCCAAAAUCUUGCUGCGCUUCACCAAUGUGGAGAACAUCAAUGCCUACCUGGAGAAUGUCCGCCACUGCAUUCCUGAUGAAAAGGGGAUCACCUUUGAUGAGUUCAGAUCAUUCUUCCAGUUCCUCAACAACCUUGAAGACUUUGCCAUUGCCAUGCAGAUGUACAACUUUGCUUCUCGUUCUAUUGGACAAGAUGAGUUUGGAAGAGCAGUGUAUGUGGCCACAGGACUUAAGCUGACACGUCACCUUGUGCACACCAUCUUCAAGAUCUUUGAUGUGGAUCAUGAUGACCAGCUGUCCUACAAGGAGUUUAUCGGGAUCAUGAAGGACCGGCUGCACAGGGGAGCCAGGGGCUAUAAAGCGGUGGAGCGAGCCACCUCCUUUAAAUCCUGUCUGAAGAAAGAGCUGGCGAGCAGUAGGUGAAGCGCCAAGCUCAUGCCUCCUUUUCCAGCUGUGUUCGCGCUGAGGCCAGAAAACAAGUAAAGCAUCUACUGAAGAGAUACAAGGAGAAGCCGUAGAGGAUGAGUCAAAUCUGACUAACUGCUGACUUCAAUUCGUCAGCAAUCUGAGUGCGCAGCAAAGUGUUUUCAAGCGCAGAUCUCGAGUCAGCUUCCACACAAGACAGAAAUCACAAGCAUGACCACACUGGCUGAGGCUCCCUAUGCUGGUUAUAAGCAAAAUCAUUCCUCUUUUGGUUCCUGUUUUUCUCCAUCAUACGUCAUGAUCUGAUGCUAGUCAUCCAAAAUAUGAUAAAUUAUGUAUUUGGACAAAGACACACUGGAUGAAAACUGUGAUGGUCAUGCAGGGGAUGAGCAUUUCAACAAAUGAGAGAUUUACUGUUUUUUUUUUUUCUUAAUUGAGUAAUUUACUUGAUUAUUUUAAAGCCUUACUUAUUUAUAUUACACAACUUUUUGGUAUUAUUGAACUUCCAGCAAUCAAAAGUCAUUUUUAAUUAGCCAAUGAUAAUAUUUGUUACGGACCUGUACUUCAAAUGCUGGACUAUAAAUUGUAACAGCUUAAAGAGCACAAGAAUAAUAAAUAAUAAGUAGUCUGUGUUGUUAUAGAAACAUUGUUACAUUGAAGUUAGUAACAAAAUGCAGAAUAAAAAUUGAAUGGCACUAAAUUAAUAUUAUUAAAUGAAGGUAUUUUGAUGAUGCCUAGUCCAAUUUUGAUCACCUCAGUCUUAUUUCAUUUAAAGUUUUUUGAUGACAUGUUUCUGCUUGUUUUACGUUCAUAAUCACUGCUGCUACAGUUCAAAAUACUUCUUAUUACAAAGCAUUUUGGAUGACUUUCACACACACACACACACAUACAUGUGUGUGUAUAUAUAUAUAUUUCAUUUAUAUAUCAUUUUAAUCCCUUAUGUCUUGACGAGUUUUAUGCUUAUAGCUGCAUGUAUUACAGAGAUGGGUGCCUUUUAACUAUUUCCUGUUUCAUUGUAAGGAACUGUCACUUAGAAACCCGGACGUCUAGAUAAAUUAAUUCCACAUUGUGUUGCUGUUAGUAGCAAAGUAACUUUGCAACAUGCAUUGAUUAUUUGAAUUCUGUGUUGUUUCUUUCACAUGAAAAUGUUUAACGUCUUGUGAAUUAUGCUGGAUCUAAGUUAAUUAUAUAUAAAAAUAUUUGCAAUAAUCUCGCAUUUGUGUGAUGAUUGGAUGUGGUGAAUGAAUUUUC